AACCUGUCAGAGGGAGCUUCCUGACUGAUUUAUCCCAUCUCUAAGGGAAUCCAGGAACUACAUUCUACCCCAGCCCUGAGUUUUAAGUCUAAUGUUGCUCAGAAAGUUUGAGUGACAUUUAUUUGGACCCUACUGCUGUAAAUACUUUGCUGCAUACUGCAUUGCCAGAAGUCCAUUCAGUAGGUAUAGAAGAUUCCACCACCUUCCCUAGCUGAUGUGUUCUGCUUCUCGCCUGAAGGUUGGCCAAAAAGCUUGACCCAUCUUCCCAAGGAGCUGAGAUUAUAAGACUGCCCCAAACAAACUUCAAGAUGACCUAAGUCAGGAUUCCCCAAACCACUGAGUCAACCAUCCAUAUACAAGUGACUUAAGGAAGUGCAAAGGAAAACCAGCUCCCACUGGAGGAGACCAUGGACAUUGAAGCAUAUUUUGAAAGAAUUGGUUAUAAGAACUGUGGGAACAAAUUGGACUUGGAAACAUUAACUGACAUUCUUCAGUGCCAGAUCCGAGCUAUUCCCUUUGAGAACCUGAACAUCCAUUGUGGAGCAUCCAUGGAUAUAGGCUUGGAGGACAUAUUUGAUCAAGUCGUGAAGAGAAGGCGGGGUGGUUGGUGUCUCCAGGUUAAUCACCUUCUCUACUGGGCCUUGACCACAAUGGGUUUUGAGACCACAAUGUUGGGAGGAUAUGUCUAUAGUACUCCAGCCAAUAAAUAUAGCAGUGGUAUGAUUCACCUUUUAGUACAGGUAUCCAUCAAAGGCAGGAACUACAUUGUGGAUGCAGGGUUUGGACGCUCCUACCAGAUGUGGGAGCCUCUAGAAUUGAUUUCUGGGAAGGAUCAACCUCAGGUACCUUGCAUCUUCCGAUUGACAGAAGAGACAGGAACCUGGUACCUGGACCAAAUCAGAAGAGAGCAGUACAUUCCAAACCAGGAAUUUGUUAAUUCUGACCUUCUUGAGAAAAACGAAUACCGAAAAAUCUACUCCUUUACUCUUGAACCUCGAACAAUUGAAGAUUUUGAGUCUGUGAAUAUAUACCUCCAGACAUCUCCAGCAUCUGUGUUUACAAACAAAUCAUUUUGUUCCUUGCAGACCCCAGAAGGGGUUCACUGUUUAGUGGGUUCCACCCUCACGUACAGGAGAUUCAGUUACAAGGACAAUGUAGAUCUGGUAGAGUUUAAGGCUCUGAAAGAGGAAGAAAUAGAAGAAGUACUGAAAACUAUAUUUGGUAUUUCUUUGGAGGAAAAACUCGUGCCCAAACAUGGUGAUCGAUUUUUCACUAUUUAGAGUUAGCAACAGUAAUCGUCUUCAGUGUCACUAUAUGUCAUUACUUUUUAUUAUAAAACUGUCAAGCAUGUACAAAGUAUGGGUAAUAAAAUAAGCCCUUGCCCUUGUGUAAUCAUUACACAGCUCACCAAUGAUCAACUGGAUAUUUCUUAUAUCCUCUACACUUCCACAUUGUAGUGAAGAAAAUCCUAGAUAUCAUAUCAUUUCACCCACAGAAAUGUCCUCAUAUAUACUUAAAUGACUUUUUAAAGAACAUAAUCAUAAACUUUUUCAAAAUUAAUCACACAAAAGUGUUUUAAUGAUGACAUGGUUAUUUUGGUAACCAUACUAAAUUGGGAUAGAAAACCUUUAAUAAAUGGUUUAUUAUUGAAUUCACAUAGAAUUUAUACUGGUAGUUAUGUAAAC